AGUAACCAAGUAACAGCUGUGUCAAGUUAAAUUUCGCUGCUGCAGCAAGAUAAAUGUGUUUUUGAUGCUGUAGAUCGUCGAUAAGUGUUAAUCAUAUUGGUUUUUCAUAUAAUUACACCUUUAUUUUAUGCAACUCUCAAGGAAUACAAUUUUCAAAAAAUACUUCGUGAGAGUGCUUGUUACGAGAUAACGAUUGAAAGUAACUGACGAAAAGAUAACAUUUAUAUAGAAUUGAUGCGAUUGUCAAUUGUAAUUACAUUUCCUCGCAACCACUACGACAGUGUGUCAGUAUAUAUAAAUUGUAAUCGAUUUUGACCAUGGUUACUACUUCAGUUUGAUAAAUUCGAUAUUUCAUUCCCGAGUGUCUAUUAAAGAUUUAAAUACUAUUUUAAAAGUGGUUUAAUGCCAAUUACGAAUAUACACAAAAUGACUAGUGCAACAGUGAAAUUAAUAGAAGAAGAUGUAGAGAGUGGGGGAAAGGAGCAGGAUAUGGAUGGAAUUGAAAAUGACUUCGCUUUCAAUAACAGCGUUCACAAUGCCAAUAUCAACAUACGAUUAGGUUUUCUCCGGAAGGUAUAUGGCUUGUUGAGUAUUCAACUUUUAAUGACUGUAAUGAUAGCUACAAUACUUAUGUCAUUUCAAACACUUAAAACUUUUAUACAAGAAAACCCUUGGACAUUAAUUUUGUCAUUUGUCAUGACUAUGGGAACUCUGAUCGUUUUGUUUGUAAAAAGAAGAGAUCACCCAGUCAACUUGUUACUGUUGACUUUAUUUACAUUGUCAAAAGCCUAUACCAUUGGAAUACUGGUGUCAAUGUAUGAUGUUACCACAGUUGUGCAAGCACUAUUCAUAACAUUAACAGUUACAGCAGGAUUGACAGUCUACACAUUUCAGAGCAAGAAAGAGCUAUCAUUCUCAACUUCUGGGUUGUUCAUUGGCCUUUGGAUCUUAUUGUUGGGUGGUAUAAUGCAAAUAUUCCUCCAAAGUACAAUGUUGGAAUUGACAUUGGGAAUUGCUGGAGCAAUAAUAAUGUCUAUGUUUAUCGUUUUUGAUACCCGCUUGAUAAUGCAUACUCUCUCUCCAGAAGAGUAUAUAUUGGCCACUAUCAAUAUUUACCUUGAUGUAGUUAAUUUGUUCGUGUACAUUUUACGAAUACUUGCUGUUUCAAAACAAUAGACUUUAAUUUUUAUACUUAUCUUUGUUUCUAUCGCUAUAUGUUACUUCGAUUAUCUGAAUGCAAAAUUUUCGAUAUGAAAUUUUGUUUAACUUCAGCUUUAAGGAUCUAGCACGUUGUGUUAAACUAUCAAAGAUCAAACACGGAUUUCAAUGUUAUUUUUAUUGAAAUACAUAAAUGAAAUAGUCUAAAUUUA